AUGGCCAACUCGGGCCUGCAGCUUCUGGGCUUCUCCAUGGCUCUGCUAGGCUGGGUGGGCCUGCUGGCCUGCACCGCCAUUCCGCAGUGGCAGAUGAGCUCGUUCGCGGGCGACAACAUCAUCACAUCCCAGGCCAUGUACAAGGGUCUGUGGAUGGAGUGCGCCAUACAGAGUACAGGCGUGAUGAACUGCAAAAUUUACGACUCGGUGCUCGCCUUGCCGGCGGCCUUGCAGGCUACUCGGGCCCUCAUGGUCGUGUCCCUGGUGCUGGGCUUCAUGGCCAUGAUCGUGGCCACGAUGGGCAUGAAAUGUACCAACUGUGGAGGAGAUGACAAAGUGAAGAAGGCCCGGAUAGCCAUGACCGGAGGCAUCAUUUUUAUCGUGGCAGGUUUGAGUUUGGCCCUGCCAUCUUUAUUGGCUGGGCAGGGUCUGCACUGGUCCUCCUGGGAGGUGGCCUGCUUUCUUGCUCCUGUCCCAGGAGUGAGAGCAAGACAGGAUACCGUGCACCCCGCUCCUACCCUAAACCCAACUCUGCCAAGGAGUAUGUGUGAACUGGGGGAUACCCUGAUCCCAGCCUGGCAGCCUGAGGGUAAGCAGUCACCUGAAAGGACAUGGAGCAGAGUUCAGCCUGUGGAUAGAGUGUGGAGCCUCCCAAUCACUCCAGUCCCAAAGAAAUGCCAUGUACAGUUUCCUGGGUCGGUUGGGUGGGAGAUAUGGAAGAGGGUAGGGUGUGCUUUUUUGUACAGUAAUGAAAUAAAAAGUAUGUUUUGGAGAUUCUUUUUCCCUCUUUAGGAUGUUUUUCCUUCUGAUCUAGAUCCCUGCAGGAGGCCUAGAACCUAAAGUACACCUAUUGAGCUAAACACAUUUGCUGAGUACCUAUAGUGUACAAGGCCAUCCCUCUUUCACUCACUGCUAUUCAGAACUGGACACUUGGGGGCUGGAACAAUUGUAUAGCAGGUCGAGUGUUUGCCUUGCACACAGCCGACCCAGGUAAGUCCCCCAGUACCACCAGGAGUAAUUCCUGAGUGCAGAGCCAGGAGUAAGCCCUGAGCAUUGCCAGGUGUGACCCCAAAAGCAAAAAACAAACAGAACUUGGGCACUUAAGACAAAAAGUUUCAGGUACUUCCUUUUUCAUUCCCCUCUGGUCUGUUUUUGGGCCACACCCAGCUGUGCUCAGGGCUUACUCCCCGUGCUUGGGGAAACAACUGUCGUGCUGGCUUAG